AUGGCUGUUACGUGCUCCGACAUCUUCAAGUUAAUUUUCGCCAUUAUCUUACCUCCAUUGGGAGUGUUCCUUGAAAGAGGAUGUUCUUCGUCCUUGUUCAUCAAUAUCAUCUUGACGAUUUUAGGAUAUAUCCCCGGUAUCAUACAUGCGGUUUAUGUUAUUAUGAAGUAUUGA